AUGCACGAACACUCGCAUUCCGGCUUUGCAGAUCAUGGACACGUGUAAGUAAUGUCAGAUAUACUUUCCAAGCCCAUUGUGCUUCUGCAGCCACCUUAGCUUUUGCGUGUAUGUUAACCGUUGGCCGGCGUCGGUACUUGAAUAAUAGAUUUGGCUUAUAACACAUUUGUUACCAUCCACUUUUAAAAUUGGCAUAGCGAUUAAUCUUAUGACUUCGAUGUUUGUGUCCAUGCACUCUUGCAUCAGAAGCCGGGGGUUUAUAAAUAAACAGUUCGUUUGUGUUUCUUAAAAUGUACGCAUUUGAAGACACUCUGGUUUGUAACGCCAGAAGGUCUGGUGAUUACAUAAACUGCACAACUGUAAGCAAACCUUGUAGCUCAAAAUAAUAUUAUUUUGAGGAAUCAUAUGAUUCCUUAGGUGUACUUCUACGCGAACCAAUCUUCCACAGUCUCCUUUUUCGAUUAGAGGAUAUUGUUCCAAGUUACGAUGAACGUUAGCCUUUAUCUUCCAACUUGCGCCUUCUGAAGUUUCAGUACAUGAUGCAAGCUAACGUAAACUUGGUCAACACCAUAUUCAUCCGAUUCUGCAUUCUGACCAACCUAAAACAGCCGCCAAAAGUGUCAUUAACACCAGAUAAAUGGGGUGCUAGAUCUUUAGAACUGCCAACAUCUUAUGCCGUAAUGCAUGCCUUUGUGGACUAUAAAGAUUGACGAAUUUUCGAAAGUCAAAAUGGCUACAUUAGUAGCACAGUAUUAAAGUAAGACCGCCGUACACGAUAUCAGCUCCGAAAACCCGUUUUGCCUAAUCUUAUUCGAAUUGAUGGUAUCAAAUACCGUAUCACGAUCUUAUUUCGUUUUGGCAUCUGUGCCUUCCUGUAAACAUCUUUUUGUUGACUGAUAUUUUCUUUAAGAUAAAGUCGGUUUUUUCUGUCUGACAUGAAAAGUUACUCAAAGUUAUCUUCCCAUUGCACUGCACACAGCCACGGCGCGUCCCAUGACGAUCAUUCUCACAGCCAUAGCCACGAACCGAGUCACAGCCACGUACUCAGCGGUGCCAGCGACCACUUGUCCCCCGAGCAAAUUUGGAGAGAUACGAUCGGAUCAGUUUUGGCCAUUAGCGUUCUCCCUGCCAUUGCAUUGUGGGCCAUUCCGGACCUAAAUAAGCGUCCAAAUCUCUUGAAGGUUCUUCUUGGGUUUGCUGCGGGCGGUCUUCUAGGUGAUGCCUUCCUUCAUCUUAUUCCCCACGCGCUUACACCCCACUCACAUUCCGAUGAUGUUGAGACACGCGAGCAUGGGAAAGAGCACGGCCAUGCUCAUUUGUCCGAGCAUACUACUGUGCCGCUCUGGGUUAUUGGCGGGAUAUUUGGCUUUCUCUGCAUAGACAAACUUCUCCGGUUCCUAAACUCUGGAGGUCACCACAAACACUCUCACACUAUGGACGUACAUGCCAAGUCAUCUGGAGUUAAAGAUGCGGUUCAUAUUGAUACCACAAAACAGAAGAGUAUCUCUGGCGAUGAAAAAGGCAAGAAAAAGAAGAAGUCGAAUGGAUCCAAGAAAGAUGGGCAGGCCGGCGACAACGAGAAGAAAACAUCUACGAAGAAUAAACCAGCGACUGAGUUAAAAGAUCACAAGGAAGAGCGCCAGAACAACACUGCCAAACAGUCUAAGAAGAAGAAAGAGCGUUCAGGUAAGUUGUUAUGGAGAUAACCUCUGGAAUUCCAAGAUUGCUGUUUUUUGGGACAUCAGUCCAUCCUCUCUACAAUUGGUGCAGGUUAAAAGAUCUUUUGUUUUUUUACCCCAAGUUUGUUCGUUCAGUUGACCACGUCCUGGAAAACUACACGUCCCAGGUCUAGUCUACCACUUUGCCGGAUUGCACAUCUUACAUUGAAUGAAUCAGAAAGGUCCAAUGCGGACCGUAGCGAACCAGUCGCCUUUCGUUCGCCAGCAGACUUUGCAGAGUACCGCAAAGUCCUCUUAUAGACAUGCAUAAUUUCGUAAAGUUUUUCCGACAAGGAUUAGGAACACUGUAGCGGUUGUUUUUUUAUUUAUUUGUCGUAAUCAACUAGUGAUACCUCAGUACCAGAUGCUGGCGCAUCCGGAGUUGUAACAACCCAACUCCUGUAGUUUGUCAAACAUCUCGAUCGGACGUGUGAUCCCCUUUAGUUAACGGGGCUCGCUCAUUAUGAAGGGCUACGAUGUGGUAAGAAUGUAGUGGAGUCAGGUGUUCCGGUUUGGUGAGUCUCACUUUCCAUUCUAGACUAGACCCGACAAGACUAUGUGAAAAAAAUCUACUUUUUUGACUUGGCCACAGUAUUUUUUUACAUGUCAGGGAACUGUCACGUUAAUACGAGUAUUUGCAGUGCCCUCGUGUCACCCAUGAACCUUCGAAGUUGGUAUUCCAUCCAUUCCAUGGUUAAGAAUAGUAUCCACAGCGCAUUUGUCUAGUUAGUAUUCCGGUAUGGAGCCGGAACCUAGGCACGAAGAGUUGGGACCCUCCGUCCACCAGCGUGUGACCACAUAAACUGGCACCUUUCUCACCUACAGCCGUAUUCACGCUUAAUAAGGGAACGUUUACCUACGUAGGUUGAGUCUGUCCGAAUGGUGCCUACCACAACUGCGCUGUUCGCCCCAACAAGUUUCCUAACCGCUUCACACGUAUGCGACAAAAACAUCUGUUUCGCAUCACCUCUUAGUCAAAAUAGCACAAAAUAUAUUGCGUGAUCGGGAAAUUAGAGGCCCUUUGCUAUCGGGUCGAAUUCUUUUUGAACCUCAAACAUGCAGUUCAUGAAUUCUUGGGCCCUCUCCUGCGGUCAGGUGACAUGCACCUAAGAGACGUGGGCGGAGACCGGUCGUCGAGAUGUUGUUGAAAUGAAAUAUUUGCUUUUCCGUACAGCCGUUCUCAUAACGAUUUCUCAGUCAUAUUAUGUUGUCUUUUUGUCUUUUGCUCCCUUUAUGGAUGUAGGCCUUCUAGCGGCGGGCUACCUCAAUUUGGCGGCUGACUUCACACACAACUUCACGGAUGGCAUUGCAAUUGGUAGGUUCGCUUGAGAAAUUGUGUGAAAUCGCGGCACUUUUGUUACCGCCUACCCUUUUUGCCACUUCCGUUUCCGUAAAUGCCUGUAUUUCCUCAGUAUGAGCCGUGGGCAAGAGGGAACAACCUUGUCUUGAGACUCGCAAAAGACAUAUUUUGUAGUCAGUUUGGAACUCGUAGCGUCUACAUCCGACUUAUGAUGCAAAGCAGCGCUUUAGGGCUGAAACCACAUCUGACUUUUGUCCCAACGUUAAACGACUAUUUGACGGACAGAAGGACACUAUUAGAAGUACCACCAGGUCAACUUCAUGUGUUCAAGAUGCCUUCUAAUAAGUAUCUAGUACAAGUGCGAACAAGCUCCUGAAUGGCAAGCUGACUGAUGUAGAAGUCGCAGACGGUACUACCCUCCUCAGUAAUAGUCUUUAGUGCAUAAAAACCAAAUCCACAAUGUACCCGUGUUCGGCUAUUUCCACCCUCCCUUUCCCCUACCAGUCGCACCGCUGUUGUAUUAGACAAAACUGGGUCCACACUGGCUGAUGAUACUCACCUGCCUUAGGUCGUGCAUGUAUGUGGCAGGCGUGGGCCGGCGGCUUUGUGUCCUGCUGGCCAUUGAGCCAAAUCGUAUUCACACCUGGCCUGACUCAUACGGGCUGCUGGUACACGAUAGAGGGGAAAAGGGGGGUGACUUCGAUCCGAGUCGAAGGCAGCGUCUAAUUCCUUCACAAACGCGGGUUGGAGGUGUUACGACGCGCUAAUAGUCUUGAAAUAACUCCUUCCUUGAAAUGAGGAUCGGCUGACAGUAUCUCCUUCCCAACGGGGCUCUCACGACAUCUCUCACUUCUGCGAAUUUCAAAACUCCUUGCCUACUCCCGACUCACGGGCAGUUUGGUAACAGGUUAUUUAGCCUUGCACCGAUACCCAUCUUUAGUCGUGUUUAUCCUGCCCUGCCAUCGAGGCGCGGUCGGUGUGGGCGGGGAAGUGAGGUAAAUGUUACGAAAGCCUGUCCUACGAUAAACAAGUUCAUGCACAAGCCAUAGCUGCGCCUACUUCGUUGAGUAGCUGUGGACUUCGUCAGUUGUGGUACGGAUGAUGUUUCCUAGAUGAUUUUUUGGACUCUUUCUCGUUAGCUUCAGGUUCUUUAAGUCCCAAAUUACAUCUUUUCAAAGCUUAUGCCCGAAGAAGGGGUAUCUUCAGGCUUUGAAAAAGCUUUCCGCCGGAAAGGUUUUGAACCCGACCUGUCGUUGCACCUGAUUUUUGGAUUUGCAACCUACAAACCAUGCGGAAAAUAAUGCAUUACUGUGUAGUAAGUGAAGAAGAAGGGUGGUCAAGCACCGGAUAUUUUGUUUAUUGUUCUGAGCUUUCGAACUCAUGCUGGAGUCCAUCAUCAGAGAUGGUAGCAGUACCAGAACAAGCGACAGUUGUAGGGUGUGUAAGCCAUUCAUAGACUGACAGCGCAAGACCGGAGUUGACUACGCAGGGCUCUGUACGUCGACGCCAGGUCAACGAAUCGAUCGACUGAGUUCUCACCCGAGGUCCAGGCUUCAAUUACUUCUCAGCCUGUUUUUUUUCCACAGAAUCAGCACUUAUUCCGUCUCCCUUUUUUUCCUGUGCAUGGAGAUGGCCCUUUUACCGCUGCGAACCAUAAACUUUGUCCGCUUUCUUCGUCCGCUUUUUUUCUAGCCGGAUCUUUCCUCGCCGGUCGCAAUAUUGGUUGGGUCACCAGCCUGACCGUCCUUAUUCACGAAUUGCCGCAUGAGGUGGGUGACUAUGCGAUCCUUAUUCAGUCGGGAUGUGGUGCCUACAAGGUGAGUCCAUUGACGGUCAUUUACGCUGCUGUCGAUUUCCUCUUCAUUUAUUUCCCAUUUUAAACGCCCAAUGCGUGCGGGUAUCAUCUGCUGACACUACCCAAAGUACGUGUGUCCAAUUGGUCGAUUUGUCAGAUCGGCAGGCAGACAUCUACUCGCACAAACAGCCCUGCAUGAUUGUUGUCGGAAUAGACUGGAAUAUCCUCCCGCCGUACUGCAUUUGUGAAGUCCGUGGAGGUAUUGUUGAACACCACCGUAUCUGUCCGUGUUGUCAGAUGAGUGCUCUUUCUAGCCAAGCUGAGGGGGGUGUAUGUGGGGCACCAUAGGUCGGUGAUCCGGUUUUCGGGCUAUUACUAGCCACCGCAUAUGUCCUAAUCGGCGCUGACGUCACCAAAGUUGACAGAAAUGGUAGAGGGAUGCUCACGAAUAGUUUUUGCGGAACUCACUCGUCCCGUUAUGCCUCAGGGCUCUCUCUCGAGUCCAACCGGCAGUCGUACAGCGGUUCAUGAUAUUCGCAGAAUAGCAUUACCGACAAAGAUAAGGGAAGCUGGAACAGCCAUUUCUGGCUCAUUAGCCGUCGUCAGCCAGCCAUACCCAACCCCGAACACCUGGGGCCCGAUCCCGCGACCUGUUGGUUAGAAGUCAGUGAGCGCCUCUCUACCACUGUAUAUUCCCGAUCUCAGCGGACAAGACAACGAGCCCUUGGCUCAGUGGUUAGAGGUGUUAGAGCCCCAGGUGUUCCACACUUCAAGGUAGAGUAUGACUGAUUGACGACGGCUAAUAAGCCGGAAUAAGUCUCCCUUGUCUUUGUCGUUAGUGUUGGCAUAAAUUAUAAGGGGCACGGUCCUGGGGUUAUCGGUAGCCUCAGUGGUCUUCUUCCCGACCGACUUUGAAGUUGCACAUUUUGGAGUAUGCUUUUCUUGGUCCACAACAAACACAUCUGCCAACAGUUCGUCGAUCGUGUUCGGCAAGAACCAUCUUCUCUGAGUAGAAUGAUUAGUUCGGGGGUGUAUUACGAGAUAUAGAAUUUACUCAGCGGCGCUUUUUCUCUCAUGUUCUGGUCAUAGCGAUGAGGCAAGACGAUGAGUGCUGCUGACAAAGACUGGAAACGCUGAAGCGGCCUUGUUCUAGCCUGCCAGUAAUAAAUCAGUUCCUGUCGCUUACGAGGUUUGAGCAAGAUUCCAUUGGGUCUUCAUUCAUUAUACCUCCUUCCAACGUUCUCUCCUUAUGAUCCAGCCUCUGUCGGCUCCAUUUACGAACCUGCAGUGAUCUGUUCUGAUUGUAAGACGAAAGUAGGCAUUUCUGCUUCACCGUUGACCACCGAGUUUAGAACCCAUACAGUUAGUUGCAUAACAACGAGCAACUAAUCGUUAAGAAGUCGCUAACAGAGAUUGGGGAUACUGAAAUGACAAUUUCUGACUUAUUAGUCUAAUCAGGCAGUAACUGGGUGGUCUUUCUAUCCGCAGAAACUUCUCUUGAAGCCACAUUGGGAGGGGGGGGGCAGAGGUGUUCGUCGUUUGCUUGUGGAUCAGAACUGCCCCGCCAGUUCACGCCUUUUAGGCACCCUGGUAGUUGAAAUUAGCGUCGUUUGAAUUAUGUUGAGUAAAGUUGUCGCCUGAUUGGCCGUAUUUAUUCACGAUCUUGUUACGUCUCAUUGACAAAACGCCACUUGAUGCCGUUGGACGCAGCUGCCGAUCGAGUACUUUUCCGAUCUACGCAUAAAACGUGCCGCCAUUUCCACUGCUCUACGGUAUAGACUCUGUCUUACAUCACAUGUGCUAUCCACUUUCGUAGUUAACGAAAAUAUCCACCACCGACUUGAUGAUGAAACGUGGGGCCUGUAGACGAAACGGGUUACAAUGUCUACGGAAUUACCCAGUUUGCAAUGACCGCCUCGAGCCUCUCCACACUAGUCUUGACCGGUACUGCCAGACUAUCACUGUGCUUCGGCCUGCGAGGGUUCUAGAUCUGAAACCCACGGCAAAAUGGUGUCUCUGUCUGCUUGGCUUUAUUCUGUUCCGCUACUCAAAACGAUGCAUUUCAUUUCUGCUCGCUUUCCUAGGCAAGGCUUCUGGCUCAUUAGCCAUCGUCAGCCAGUCAUACCCAACCCUAGUGUGUUUAAUACCUGGGGCUUGAUCCCGCGACCUGUUGGUUCGAAGUCGGUGAGCGCCUCUUUACCAUUGUAUAUUCCCGAUCGCAACCGACAAGACAACGAGCCGGUGGCCGAGUGGUUAGAGGCGUUGGACUUCUAACGAACAGGUCGCGAGUUCGAGCCCCAGGUGUUCCACACUUCGGGAUUGGGUGUGACUGGCUGACGACGGCUAAUAAGCCAGAAACGACCAUUCCGGUCCCCCUCGUCUUUGUCGGUAAUACCAUUCUGCGUUAGACCGACUCGAGCUUGCUUGUCUCUCACGACCAGUCUUGGCCGGCACUGCCAGACUAUCGCUGUGUUUCGGUCUGCAAGGGUUCUAGAUCUGAAACCCGCAGCAAAAUGGUGUUCCUGCGUGCUUGGCUUUGUUCUGUUCCACUACUCAAAACGAUGCACCUCAUUUCUGUCCGCUUUUCUAGGCAAUGCUUCUGCAGUUGGUCACUGCCAUCGGAGCUCUGCUGGGUGCCUCCUUGAGCCUCAUCAUGGCAGGAGUCGGCGUAGACACUAGCCUGUUUGGUUUCGGACCCACCGUCUUCUCGCCCGAACUCUUUGCUACUCGGCUGCUUCCGCUGACUGCGGGCGGUUUCAUCUACAUCGCCCUGGCCUCUGUGAUACCGGAACUUCUGAAUUCAAACGGUGACUCCGCUGUUCACGCCAAACCCAACAUAUCAAGCCGUUUCGCGCAGUCCUGUGCCGAGUUGGGUGCUCUGUUUCUCGGUGUUUUCCUGAUGGUUGUAAUCACAGUCUUUGAAUGA